CAGCGAACAUAAGGGAAGUUAAUCAGGAGUAAUGCAGUUCAAGUCUCGGACUUAUUUGGUAAAAUCAGCCAUCAUCCGAUUCCAUAUUGCGUUUAUUCGAACUUAUUUUCCCUAUAUCAUUUAUUGAUAUAGUAUUCGACGUAUCCUUGGUAAGAUUUAUCCGCAGAAGACGAUAAGAGAGGACGAAAGUGAGUAUCGUUCUUCAGCCGGCACCGCUAACCCUCGUUAGCCUCUUAGCAACACGGGGCCCAAAGGGAGCGACUUCUCUCGCCACCCAGCAACACAAAGGUUUCCAUUUGCGCACAUUUUGGGAGAAACUAAAGCUCAAUGGCUUGCGGGGCUACUCUGAAGAGGACUCUGGAUUUCGACCCGCUGCUGAGCCAGGCCUCCCCGAAGAGGAGGAGGUGUGCGCCGGUGCUGUCGCCGGUCAGCUCCCCGCAGAAGUACCUGAGACUGGAGCCGUCGCCCUUCGGACAGGUGUCGUCCCGGCUCAGCACAGAGCAAAUUCUACACAAUAUAAAACAGGAGUACAAGCGUCUGCAGAAACGUCGACAUCUGGAUAGCGCUUUCCAGCAGGCAGACGGCUGCUGUCCUCUGGAUGUGCACAACGUUCAGAGUGGAGCUCCGCUUCCAGGCACAUCCUCAGCCGCCCCAUCUCCUACCAGGAAAGAGCAGCCGUUAUUUUCCCUCAGGCAGGUUGGGAUGAUCUGUGAGAGACUACUGAAGGAGCGAGAGGAAAAGAUCCGUGAGGAGUAUGACGAGAUACUGACCACAAAACUUGCUGAACAAUAUGAUGCAUUCGUCAAAUUUACACAUGACCAACUGAUGCGACGGUUUGGAGAGCAGCCUGCUAGUUAUGUUUCCUGAGUCUCCUCUGAUUUUGGGGAAUACCAUUUGCUGCAGAUAACUCCAGGGACUAAGUGAUUGGACUUUUCUCCUAACUGUGCCGUGUUGCCUCUGUGGACUCGCUGCCUCAAGCAUCAGUUUGUGGCAUCAGUUGUUGCUCCCAUGGUUAGGAUGGCUUGCUGCUGCCGUGUCAGAGGACUUUGAGACUCUCAGUGGCCUCUUAACUGCUGUUUAUUAGUUUGGCUUUCCUCUAAUGCCUUGAGAAAAGGCUGACUGCCAUCACACACACUCAGCCUUUAAAUGUUACCCUUUUUUUUAUGUCCUGAUUUGUUUCACAGAAGAUGUUAGUUGCGCAGCUUUUCAGUGUGUAUUAUUUGAAAAAGGGAUUGGACUUUGAGUGAAUGAAGGCAUCUUUCAGACUGGAAUCCAGAAAAGUUGUCUUGGCUUUUUUUUUAAAUCAUUGUAUAAACUGUAACAGUGAUUAUUUUUAUUAUAUUUGUAUACACUGUAUUUUUUUUUUUUCAGCUUGAGUUUGGUUCUGUGUACCAACAUGUUAUCUAAGGUUUAAAGGGGCUUUGAAUCAAGUAAGAGAAUAAAAUGUUUUACACAAG